AUGGAGCGCUCGGAGAACCUCCCUCCUGGAAGCGUCGAAUACAUCGGCCCCGCCUUUCCGGAUCGUGGUCAUGUUCCCCCUCCUGCGAGCUUUUCUGGGGCUUCCCAGAACCCCCGUCGCUCUCAGGGUGGUGGGCUUUUUGGAAUGUUUACAGGCCGUCGCCAUACCCGUGCCCGGGAUCAUCCAGAAUCUCCCGAGUCGCCCGUGGCCACUCCACGGGGUGGUCCGCCCCAGAGUCUCGCCCCUGCAGUAGAACAGCGACCUCAACCGGCUCCCCAAGCCCAUCCGUCUUCCCACCUCUGGGGCCAACCGUUUCGGAGUCACCUCGCCGUGGGUAGUAUGGUUAGCAGCCAUCUUCGCCAGCAAGAGCUUCGGCCCGGUGGGAGGUACCAGCCCGAGGCGUACCAUCUGGAGCAGAUCAGACAGGAAGUCCUCGAAUUCCGACGCCAACACGAGAAUGACUGGAAGUUCAACGAUGCAAUUUGAUGCAGCUAGUUCCUCCUUCCUUCAUUGCGGG